GCAGUUUUUGAGCAAACCCCACCCACGCCUCUUAAUCCUCCUCUAAACCCACAGUGAACGGCCCAAAUCCCAGUGCAGUGCGGCUGUGCGGGCGGUCGGCGAGUGGCGCACGCCGGCCGACGGCCGACGGUGCUAAUUCCAGGUGGAGGUAGUGGUGGUGGGAGCACCUCGGCCAUUCAAGCGAUUCAAUUCUAUGAAGAUGAGUGCCUUGGUGCCAUUGGCGGAACAAUGCAGAGAUGUACCAGUAAAUCCAGUGACUGCCCCUGGAAAUGAAAUAUAUCCUAUUUCUCAGCAUGUUUGCCCACCACAGUUCCAUUAUCUGCAAGUAUGCGGCAAUCAUGUUAAUCUGCUUUCUACUAACCCUGUGUCAUGUGGUCCAAGACAGCUUCGUGCCAUUCCUGCUGGAGACAUUCUGGAGGGUGUUGUUUUACCUAUUACCAGAUUUGAUGCUGGAAAAGAUAUCAGUGGUUUUCAAACAUAUAAUGCAUAUGACAAUUCAAGAUUUUCAGCCAAUCCUCUUCUGAAUCGGUUGAACAACUCAUCUAUUCCCGAUAUUGGUACUUCCAGAGUUAACCGAAUUGCGCCUGCACCCACUAGCAUCAAUACUGAAACUGCAAGGGAUUUCUCAAAGGCUUGUUGCCCUAUUGAAAGUGAUGAUCCUUCUGAGAGUAUGGUAAUUCCAAUGGGUUAUACUUCAAUACAACAAAAGCCAGAUGAUGAUAGUGAUAAUUCUGCUGAGCCAAAUUUGAAGGUCAUGGUCUCUUCAAGAGAAGCCAGAGCUCAAGCUGCUGCAAGUAGAAGGCUCCACAGAGCCAGAGUUGCUGAAGGAAUCAAAGCAUUGCAAAAUUGCGUACCAUCUUCUGGCAAGGGCAAUAGAGAAUCUGCACUGGAUGAUAUCAUUGACUAUAUCAAGUUUUUGAAACUUCAGCUUAAGGCACUGUGUCAGAGUCGGCUAAGUGGUGAAGCUACACUUUAUCCUUUUGUUCACCUUGAGGGGUAUGGACACUACUUGCUCCAUCAACAGAUGUGUGGUGAGCCGCUUGAAGAAAUGAUGGGGCAACUGAUGGCAUCGAACAUGAAUUCACCAAAUGAGCUGUUUGAGAGCAAGGGGUUGGCAAUCUUGCCCAUGACUCUGGCAUAUGCCCUUCUUCGUACCAGCUGAAGGCAGCUCUUUGAAGCCAAUGGUGGUCGAAUUUUGCAUAUUAACAUGUUUUAUUGACCAGCUAUUGUCUGAAUUUUACUUCAGAAAUCCAUGCGAGGGAUGAGAUCUCUGAUUCAGAAUCACAUCUGAUUGCAUAGAAAUUUUGUUAAUUGGGAAGUUUGAGGCAUUUGGUUUAUCUUUUUGGCACAGGUGAUUUCCAGAUUCUUAAGCAUUUACAUUGCUCAAAAAUCUAGAGCAUUUAUGUGUGGUGCAGUAAAGAACCGAAGCUAAACUAUGUUCGUGGCUCAUCAUAAAAAAAUUGCCACAGAUCUCUAUCUCCAUUUUGUUCUCGUGCAAAAGAAAAUCAUGUGAUGUGAUGAUUUUGACUAUAAACUUGAUAGAUUUCCCUUGAGCAGAA